AUGGCUGAGCAACAGGGCAAGCAACGCACUGUAAUGGAUGUAUUCUUCUACGUACCGAACGUCAUUGGCUAUAUGCGUAUAUUGCUGUCAAUCUACAGUCUCGCCGUGGCUUUUACGGACUACAGGACCAGUGUCUUGUGCUAUGCACUGAGCUUUACAUGCGACUACUUUGACGGUUUCUUUGCACGUCUCUGCGAUCAAUGCUCUUCAUUUGGUGCUGUGCUGGACAUGGUCACGGACCGCUGUUCGACAGCGGGGCUUUUGAUCGUGCUGUCCCAUCUGUAUCCACAGUAUAUGAUGCUCUUUAUGUAUCUACUGAUUCUAGACUUCUCCAGUCACUGGUAUCAUAUGUACUCUUCACGUGGCCACCACAAGCUCGUCUCGGCUGAGCGCAACUUCUUGCUGCGUUUUUAUUACGGCUGUUAUCCGUUCUUUGGCUUCUGUUGCGUGGGUACAGAGCUGUUCUACAUCCUUCUCUACGUACUUUAUUUCGACCCAAAGCUGCUGAUUCCGAUCAUCAAUGUCCCUGUCAUGCAGCUGUGCUACUAUGUAUGCCUUCCUGCCUGUGUGUGCAAGAUCUUCACCAACUUGGCACAGCUGUUCAGUGCUGCACACUCUAUUGCGUCAGAAGACGUGGCAGUUGCCAACAAGACUCAGUAG